AUGAAACCAGCCGUGGACGAGAUGUUUCCAGAAGGAGCUGGACCGUAUGUGGAUCUAGACGAGGCAGGGGGCAGCAGCGGCCUUUUAAUGGACCUGGCAGCCAACGAGAAAGCAGUUCACUUGGAUUUCUUCAAUGACUUUGAAGACCUUUUUGACGACGACGACCUGCAGUGA